CAACUGCAUCUAACUUCACAUUAUAAUGUACAGAGGAAUUUGAUUUUGUUUUUAAAUCUUAAUUUUUAAGCAAUUUUUCGAAAAAUUUAGUUUUUCUGCAAUAAAAUAUUGAGUUAAAACGAAAAUAAAUGUCUUUUCAUUUUCCGCGACGUGUUAAAGACUUGCCCAAAUUAGAACUAGAUUCUGAAGAUGAGUUCAACACACCUUGUAAAAAAAAAUUACCAAAAAAAUGGAAAACUAUUAAUUUACAAUUUCUUUUUAGGGCGUAUGAAUCUAAUAAAGAAAAUGCUGAUAAAGCCAAUUCUGGGUCAACAAAUUCGUUCAACAGUUUACGAAUGCUACCCAAAAGAAGAGCCGAGCUUCCCACUUUAGAAUCAGAUUCCGAGGAGGAAGACUUAGCAAAGAAGGACAAUCUUAAUUGUGCUAUACUUAAUGAUUCAUUUCUAGUAAGCCCUGGGAAAAGCGAUAGAGAAGAUGCUAGUUCUAAGGAAUCGUCUGAUCAAAGCAAUUCCAAUAAUACAAGCAAUGAUAUUUCGUUAUUGUCCCGCUUUAAUGACAUGGGCUUAAAGAGUCCCUUAAAGGAUAAGAUACAGCCUGUUAAACAAUCACAAGAUUCAAUGGAUGGUAACAAUGUUAACCAAAAAGACGCAGCAGUGGAUAAAAAUAUUCCAGCAUCGCAAACCAAGAAAAAUACCACCGCAAUAGAUAGUCAAUUUGCUACUCCACAGAUCCGAUCGUUUUCAGUUCAGAGACGACCUCGUGAUUUGUGUUCGACGCAAUCACAAAAUAAAUCCGCUAUUGUCAAUGAGUUUCGUACACAAAAAGUGUUAUUUCAAACGCCAAUGGCCAUAUCACGGGCUCCAAAUGCAAACGAUAGUAUAUCGCUUUCUCUAUGUGAUACAAUCAAUGAAGGCGGAACGCCAUCAACGGCAGAAAAAAACUCCCCAGUGUACAAAUGAAAAACAAACUAAAGAUAGCGGCAUAGAUCAAAGAAAUCAUUAGAAGGUGCCUUCCUUGAAGCAAGCAAAGAACAAAUGAGAAGAGUAACGAUACGUCUAAAAACUCUUGCAAUUACAACGAAAGACAAAACCACUGUGGUAACUAUUAAUAACGCAAGUUAUAUUAUUAUACAAAAAUUAGGCUGUGGCGGUUCCAGUUCUGUAUAUCUGGCUAAAAGGAAAGAUACCUCUAAAGAAUGCGCAUUAAAGGUCGUUGAUCUACAAGGUGAUCCUGCUGUUGUGGAAGGAUAUUUGAACGAAACAAAAUUGCUAGCUAAACUUCAAGGAAAUGUAUGCGUAGUUUCGCUCUACGAGUAUCAAUUAUUGCAAAAAGAAUCAAAACUUUUUCUAGUGAGAAAAGGAGACUCCGACUUGCAUAAAAUUUUACAAAGUUAUACCACCAAUUUGCCUUUAUAUGUUCUUACAAACUUCCUAUAUCAAAUGCUACAGGCUGUUAAUUAUAUUCAUCAAAAUGGUGUGAUACAUUCGGAUCUAAAACCGGCCAACUUUUUAAUGGUCAAUGGACGUUUAAAACUAAUCGAUUUUGGUAUUGCCAGCAAUAUAGCCAUUGAUUCAACUAGGCAUAAUAAAUUUUCACAAGCGGGUACAUUUAAUUAUAUAAGUCCUGAAGCGUUGACGGACACAUCCACGGGCAGCAGUCCUAUGCGCAGUAAUCAACCGAAGAUAAAGAUCUCUACAAAGUCUGACGUCUGGUCACUGGGUUGUAUAUUAUAUUUGCUUCUAUAUCAAAAGACGCCCUUUGGACAUAUAAAAAAUCUACACCAAAUAUCUGCUAUUUGUAGUCCAACACAAACAAUUGAAUAUGGCCCUCUUCCGCCGUAUUAUCCUGCCAUGCUGGUUCAUGUCAGAAAAAAUUGCUUGCAACACAACCCAAAACAGCGCCCAUCAUGUGCCGAGUUAUUAAAAUAUCCCUUUAAUAUGAUAAUACCGAUACAGAAUCUGUCAUUGCCAACAAAAUAAUUGCGUUUUAAUAAGUUUAUAAUAUAAUUUAGUGCAUUUAAUUACGUUAUAGAAUAAAAAUAAAUUACAUACUCUUGCAUACAUAUAAUGAAAUUAGAUUGUUAAAAUGUUAUUUUAAGAUAUAGCAAUAAUAAUAUUUUAAUUGGUUUUCCGUUUCGUUUAAUAAAAAUAAUUGUAAUAUAGGGGUAUAGCUCAAAAAUUCUAAAACAUUUCUCUUUUGGCUAAUGUAUUAAGAUAAUGAAUAGAAAUGAACUAACUGCCAGUUAUCUAAAAACUAAAAAAUCCUACUGAAAAUAAAAAUAGUAUAUCACCACUUUAAAAGGAAACAAACGCAU